AUGUCUGACCAAUCUCCAGAAACCAUUCCCAGCUGCAACACUCAUUGCUUUGGGGAGCCAAUGAGUGCUGCGGAGCUGGGCCAAUCUGGAAAAUUAGGAAAUGAACUUGCUCCUAGAUUUCUCAUUGGUCAAGGGCCCAGUGCACAGUGCUGGAAUGCCAAGAGUAUUGUUUUGGAAUUGAUGGGUGGAUAUCAAUCCUACAACAGUAAAAUGGCAGAGAAAGAUGAAGGGACAUACACAUUCUCACACACCAAGGCUCUUUUGCUGUUCAGAUAUGACAAAGUGCUGAAAAUGCAACCAAUAUUGGAGCUUGGCCAAGCAAUGCAAUCAGCUUAG